AUGUAUAAUGGGGAAAAAUUCUGUGAAUUGACUCAAUUUGCAGGAGAUUUUACAGGUUCCACAAGUAGAGCUCUGCCUAUUCAAAAAUAUAUCAUAAAAGCCUAUGACUGUAAGGUUUGUGGGAAAGUGUUUGGCUAUUCUUCAAAUCUUAAUAGUCACAUGUGAAUCCAUACUGGGGAGAAGUCCUAUGAAUGUAAGGUUUGUAGGAAAAUCUUUGGGUAUUCUUCAAAUCUUAAUAGUCACAUGCGAACCCACACUGCGGAAAAACUUUAUGAAUACCAUGUUAAGUGUAAAGAAUGUGGGAAAGCCUUUACUAAGCACUCAGGACUUCCUAUACAUAUACAAACACAUGCUGGACAAAAGCCCUAUAUAUGUAAGUUGUGUGGGAGAUCCUUCUUUAUUUCUUCAAACAUGACUGAACAUUUAAGAAUUAAUACUGGAGAGAAACCCCCCUAUCAAUGUAAGGAAUAUGGGAAAGCCUUCCAUGCAUCUUCUUACCUUCAUAAACAUCUAAGAACACAUAUUGGAGAGAAACCCUAUAAAUGUGAUAAUUGUGGGAAAGCUUUCCACACUAACUCCUAUCUACAGAAACAUGUAAGAACUCACAGUGCAGAGAAACCUUACAAAUGUAGGGAAUGUGGAAAAUCUUAUAAAAGAUGUUAUACAUUGAAUGAACACUUAAAAACUCAUAUGGUGGAGAAACCUUUAAUUACAAAGUAUAUGGAAAAAUUUUUAGAAGUUCUGCAUGCCGUAUUAAACACAUUCAUCUUCACACUGGAAUCAGACCUUAUAAAUGUAAGUACUGUGGAAAAGACUUCACUGUUCAAGUUUAUCUGA